AUGUCUGGGUUGGAGGUUGCUGGUCUCGUUUUUGGCGUGUUGCCAAUUCUCGUCGAAGCCGUGAAAGCAUAUUCGACAGCGUUGGACAGCUUCCAUACGUUCCGCCAUUACUCAGAAGAGGUCAAGCUCAUUGCUCGUCGAAUGAGAGUCUGCAAUGGAGUCUUUUUGAAUGAAUGCCGCUUAUUGCUACGUCUGGUCGAGGAUGAGAAGGGGGCAGAGAACAUGCUGGAGGACGAAGCAGAUCAACGUUGGACAAGCAAGGAACUCAAUGACAGACUGAACGUGGUACUCAAGGAUAGCUUUCAGCUAUGUUGUGAUAUAGUUGAAGAGACGAAAGACACGGUUGGAGGGAUGAAAGAAGAGAUGAAGAAGUUCGAUGUCUUGUUUGAACGGAAGCAAUCGGGCGAAUCGAUCAGAUCAACCAUUAAACGUCUACGCGGAGCCAUCAAGAUUGUCUUUGACAAGUCUAAAUAUGAAAAGUCCUUGGUAAGUCUGCGAGACAGGAAUGGCGACCUCAGCGCGCUUCGAUCGCAGAUUGGUACUUUUCAGCAACAAAACACGUCUACCACAGGCACAUCUGUACGGCACAAACCUUUACCAGCACGCUUUCAAUCCAUACAAAAUUCAUCUCUGAAACUUCACGAAGCGCUGUGCAGCGCUUGGUGCUGUGACGACUCUGCGCAUCGCGGACAUUACGCCAAAUUAUGCCUCGAGGCCGAGGUGCAAACAGAAGUUCGUCUUGAUCUUGCCAUAUCCUGCCAUGGGGCCACUAUUGACAACAGGCUGCCAUGCGAGCCUCCAAUUUGGCUCUAUGUUCAGUCUAUGAGCAUGGCGAAAAAGGACUGCACCGAGAAAACGUCAAAGGUAAUUACAGACUUCAAACAAUCACUUCCGAUGGAAAUUUCCACCCCGUCUUCGUCCAAUCACCUCAAGAAGAAGGCUUCCUCAGAUCUCACGCAAUCGACAACUACCAAGAAAAAGACAAAACGGGUACAUUUUGGAAACAUUGCAAACAUUCCGGGACUCCCUACACAGGUUAUCGUGACAGCCGUCGCACAACCAAAGACGUUUGAGUUUGACUUGUGCCAAGCAAAGAACCUCUGCAGCUACAUCAAGCACAACUACCGAACGUGUGAUAGCUCAAUCACUAGGAACUGCGUUGGUUACCUAGAAACACCACAAAUGUACAAGCACAUGUUCUAUGUCCAAGAAAAGAGGGUAGCCGACAAGGCUACCCCGAAUACCGUUGACGACACUACGGUCUACACCAUAUCCGACAUCAUGAGGCACGAGCCGGAUGAUGUGCUCGAAGUUGAAGAUCAACUGAAACUCGCUCAUAAGACUGCACUCGCCAUACUCCAAUUCAACGACACGCCAUGGCUGUCCGAACGGUGGCGACUCGGCGACGUGAGCUACUAUGGAAAUCGGCAAACCUUCGACCAGGCAGCACUGAAGACACUCCAUCUCACUUCUCAAAUCUCAUCGCCAGGUCUGCCAAAUACGGUACUCAUGGACGGAGUAGAGAGCACUGAACAUACAGUGAGUGAUCAAGUCCGCUUUGGCAUCAACAACACGACGCUCUUCUUUCUCGGUAUCGCUCUCCUCGAAAUUUCUCAUUGGAAGCCGCUUGAGCAGAAGAUGACGCCUAGGGAUCUUGAUAAUGAGGUGUUUGCUGCACGGCGGCUUGCCUCUGGUCGAGCGCCUCUAGGGCCCGAGUACCAAAGAAUUGCGGAAAAAUGCCUGCAGUGCAAUUUUGGAUUCGGAACUAAACUCAACAACAAGAAGCUACAAGAAGCGGUAUAUAACGAUGUUGUUUGCGAGCUUGAAGGGAUGAUCGAGAGGCUGGCUUUGUGA